ACCAAAGCCUUUGGUGUAUGACAGAACCGGUCGAGUGCGAUUUAAUUUUAAAAUUCUGGUUCUCCUUUCUUGAUGUGGGACACAACAAAAUGGUUCUCCAGUAAGAAGAAGAAGAAAAAUCUCCUCUAAGAAACCGUGCGUCUUGCAACUGAAGUCACCAGAAAUUCAGCUGCUUCGGGAUUUAAUGGGUUCUUUCAAAGAUGUUAAGGGACUUGUGAGAAAUCUGCAGCACGGCGAGAAAAUCCGGUGAAAGACAAUGCUAAAUUGCAUUAGCGCUGUGCAAGGGUGGACCUAAAGGUUAUGAAGUGGUACCUAUCGUAACAACAAGCAAAUAUUGUUCUCGUUUAUUUAAUCAAGACUCGAACUAAUCAGAUCUUCAAGCAAUGGCAACAGAAGUGGUGUGUGGAUUGAUCUUCAGAUUGCUACUUCCAAUAUGUCUCGUAGCUGCAUGUGUGUUCCGUUACAAUGGGCUCUCUUUUGUCUACCUCGUCUACCUCUUGCUCAUUCCUCUAUUUUCAGAACCCACAAAAACAACGAUGCAAGGACAUACAGGACGGUUAUUAAAAUCCUUGUGUUUCAUCAGUCUGUCAUUCCUGCUGCUGCACAUCAUCUUCCAAAUCACAAUAAACAGCCUUGAAGCUGGAAACAGUAUUGAACCUGGUUUUAACUGUUCUACAUGGGAGAAAACAUUACGACAGAUCGGUUUUGAAAGUGUGAAGGGAGCUGAUGCUGGCAACGUGAUCAGAGUGUUUGUACCAGAUAUUGGGAUGUUCAUUGCUAGCUUGACCAUAUGGCUUGUCUGCAGAAACCUUGUGCUGAAGCCAGUGACAGAGGAUGCAGCACAGUACAACACACAAUUUGAAAAUGAAGAAAUGGCUGGAAGAGAAAAGUUAGAGCCAGAUGAUGCAUUAAUAUGUGAAGAUUUGGAUGGUAGAGAAAAUAGCGAAGAGGAAUUUGAAGAAACCACAAAAUUAAAACUAUUACGCAGAAUUGCCUCAGUGGCUUCCAAAUUGAAAGAGUUUAUUGGAAAUAUUAUAACCACCGCUGGAAAAGUUGUUGUUACAAUUUUACUUGGUUCAACAGGCAUGAUGCUGCCAUCUUUGACAUCAGCUGUGUAUUUCUUUGUAUUUUUGGGGCUGUGUACAUGGUGGUCCUGUUGCCUAGCAUUUGAUCCGCUGAUAUUCAGCUGUCUGUGUGUAUUAAUGGCUAUAUACAGUGCGGGGCACUUGAUUGGACUUUAUCUGUACCAGUUACAAUUCUUUCAGGAAGUUGUUCCUCCAAAGGACUACUAUGCAAGGUUAUUUGGUGUCACUUCAGUAAUUCAAGCCAACUGCUCAAGCACCUGGAAGAUCAUAGCAAACCAAGACCUACUCUGGUAUCACCAUGCCAGUCCCAUAUUACUGCUUGUGAUGUACUACACCCUGGCAACUCUUAUUCGCCUUUGGCUACAAGAGCCCGUUGUAAGGGAGAUAGAUGAUGAUGAGAAAUCUGGUAUCAGCGAAGAAGACAAAGAAACAGACUGCAACUCAACCUCAAGGAGACGAAGUCUGUGGUAUGCAAGCCACUACACAGCUGAUGAGAGAAAACUUCUGUCAAUGACUCAAGAUGAAUACAAGUCAUCUGAUGUUCUGCUUGUAACAGUGAAUGGGACUCCUGUAGAUUAUCACACCAUGCACCCCACACUGCACUUGGAGAAUGGCCCUGCCAAAGCUGAUAUGUACUCAACCCCACAGUAUAAAUGGGAGCCAUCAGAUGACAUGUCAGAAAAGAAAGAAGAGGACGAUGAGGAAGAAGAGGAGGAGGAAGAUGUUCAGGAGAAAAAAGAAAAUGUUAAAAUACAUGCUAUGGUCUCUGUCUUCCAUUUUAUUAUGAAACAAAGUUACAUUUGUGCUCUGAUUGCAAUGAUGGCUUGGAGUAUCACUUAUCACAGUUGGUUGACUUUUGUGUUAUUGAUCUGGUCCUGCACGCUUUGGAUGAUUCGUGACCGAAGGAAAUACGCUAUGAUCAGUUCACCUUUCAUGGUUGUUUAUGGAAAUUUGCUGUUAACAUUACAGUAUAUAUGGAGUAUUGACCUCAAUAAUGAUGAGCUUCCUAAAGUUUCUGGAUUUUUAGAAAAGAAGGAUCCUGGGGAAUUAGCAUCAAAGAUCCUUUUCACAAUUACUUUCUGGCUACUGCUUAGGCAACACCUCACAGAGCGGAAAGUGCUUCAGCUAAAAGAAGCUACUUUAGCUGAGGUCAAAGUUGAAGAUGAAGAAAAUGAAGAAAAAGAAGAGGAAUUGCAAGACGGGGAAGUGACAGAGGAAGCAGAUGAAGAAGAUGAGGAUGAACAGGACAUUAUGAAAGUCCUCGGAAACUUGGUGAUGGCUAUGUUCAUUAAGUACUGGAUUUAUGUCUGUGGAGGAAUGUUCUUCUUCGUCAGCUUUGAGGGUAGAAUUGUCAUGUACAAAAUCAUCUAUAUGAUGCUCUUCCUCUUCUGUGUGGCCCUGUACCAGGUGCACUAUGAAUGGUGGAGGCGAAUCCUAAAAUAUUUUUGGAUGUCAGUGGUUGUUUACACUAUGCUGGUGCUUAUCUUCAUCUAUACAUAUCAAUUUGAAUCAUUUCCUGGCUUGUGGAUGAACAUGACAGGGCUAGAUGAAAAAAAACUAGAGGAUCUUGGUUUAAAACAGUUUUCUGUGGCUGAGCUAUUCACACGUAUCUUUAUUCCAACCUCUUUCUUAUUGGUGUGUAUAUUACACCUUCAUUACUUCCAUGACCGUUUCCUCCAGCUCACUGACUUAAAAGCUGUAACCAGCAAACAGGACAGCGCUAUUUACAGACUGGUGCACCAAGAUGGAAGUCUGCCUGACAUAACCAUGCUGAAUUUAACUGCCAGCAAGGAAGAGGAUAAAAAUCUGGAAGAGCAUGGUGAUGAAAGAAUGGAAGAGAGAGAUGGGGAGGGAGAGAAAGAUGGGGAUGAAAAAGAGAAAGAGGAGGAAGAGGAAGAGGAGGAUGAUGAAUCUGAUGUAGAAGAAACUUCCGAUUUAAAGAAUAAGUGGCAUCUGGUGAUUGACCGCCUCACGGUGCUAUUCUUGAAAUUCCUGGAAUAUUUUCAUAAACUGCAAGUUUUUGUGUGGUGGCUUUUGGAGCUGCAUAUUAUCAAAAUUGUUUCUUCAUACAUCAUCUGGGUCACAGUGAAAGAGGUGUCUCUGUUUAACUUUGUGUUUUUGAUUGCCUGGGCUCUUGCUUUGCCAUAUGCUCAAUUCCGCCCAUUGGCAUCAAGUGUCUGCACUGUUUGGACAUGUGUGAUUAUCGUCUGCAAAAUGUUAUAUCAGCUCACAUCUAUUGACCCUAGCACCUUUUCCAGUAACUGUACAAUGCCUACAGAAAAUGAAACUGACAUAGGCAGUGAAGAACUGAAGACAUCGCUUCUCUACAGCGCACCCAUUGAUCCUACAGAGUGGGUUGGAUUAAGGAAGUCUUAUCCCCUGCUUGUAUACUUAAGGAAUAACUUACUGAUGCUGGCUAUUCUGGCCUUUGAAGUUACAAUUUACCGGCAUCAAGAGUACUAUAGAUGUCGAAAUAAUCUUACUGCACCUGUGACUAAAACCAUUUUCCAUGACGUUACAAGAUUACAUUUGGAUGAUGGACUUGUAAACUGUGCCAAGUAUUUCAUAAACUACUUCUUCUACAAGUUUGGGUUGGAGACCUGUUUCCUACUGUCAGUUAAUGUAAUUGGUCAACGAAUGGAUUUCUUUGCCAUGAUUCAUGCCUUCUGGUUAAUUGCUGUAUUAUAUCGACGUAGAAGAAAAGCUAUUGCAGAGAUUUGGCCAAAGUACUGCUGUUUUCUGGCAUGCACCAUUAUAUUCCAGUACUUCAUUUGUAUUGGCAUUCCACCUGCUCCUUGUAAAGACUAUCCAUGGAGAAGCCCUAAUGCCAACUUCAACUCCAACAUCAUAAAGUGGUUAUACUUUCCAGACUUCAUUGAAAGACCAAAUCCUAUUUUUCUCGUCUACGAUUUCAUGUUGCUGCUCUGUGCAUCCUUACAAAGACAAAUGUUUGAGGAUGAAAAUAAGGCUGCUGUGCGAAUCAUGGCUGGGGACAAUGUGGAAAUUUGCAUGAACCUUGAUGCAGCGUCAUUUAGCCAGCACAACCCUGUUCCCGACUUCAUUCACUGCCGAUCCUACUUAGAUAUGUAUAAAGUGAUAAUAUUUAGUUACCUCUUCUGGUUUGUGCUUACUAUCAUCUUCAUCACGGGAACUACAAGAAUCAGCAUAUUUUGUAUGGGUUACUUGGUGGCCUGUUUCUAUUUCCUGCUCUUUGGUGGUGAUCUAUUAUUGAAACCUAUCAGAAGCAUUCUGCGUUAUUGGGACUGGCUGAUUGCAUACAAUGUCUUUGUGAUUACAAUGAAAAACAUACUGUCGAUAGGAGCAUGUGGCUACAUUGAGUCAUUAAUACGAAACAGUUGCUGGUUGAUUCAAGCAUUUAGCUUGGCUUGUACGGUUAAAGGAUACCAUCAACCUAAAGAAACUGGAGACUGUAAACUGCCUAGCGGUGAGGCAGGAAUUAUUUGGGACAGUAUAUGCUUUGCUUUCCUGCUGCUGCAGAGAAGAGUCUUCAUGAGCUACUACUUCCUACAUGUGGUUGCUGAUAUAAAAGCUUCACAGAUCCUGGCAUCAAGAGGUGCUGAACUUUUCCAGGCCACAAUUGUCAAGGCAGUAAAGGCAAGAAUUGAAGAAGAGAAAAAAUCAAUGGAUCAAUUGAAGAGACAGAUGGACCGCAUCAAAGCCAGGCAACAAAAAUACAAGAAGGGUAAAGAAAGAAUGCUGAGCAUGACCCAAGAAUCAACAGAAGGGCAAGACAUUCAAAAGGCUUCUGAAGAAGAUGAUGAAGGAGAAGCAGACAAAGAGAAAACCAAGGGCAAAAAAAAGCUGUGGUGGCGGCCUUGGGUUGAUCAUGCUUCCAUGGUCAGAAGUGGAGAUUAUUAUUUAUUUGAAACGGAUAGUGAAGAAGAAGAGGAGGAUGAAAAAAAAGAUGAUGAAGAACCUCGGAGGAGAUCUGCAUUCCAGAGAGCUAUUGGGAAAUUUGCUUCAGCCAUUUUAGCCUUGCCAAAGUCUGUCAUUAAACUGCCCAAAACUAUUCUUCAGUAUUUAAUCAGAGCAGCAAAGUUUGUGUAUCAGGCCUGGAUUACUGAUCCUAAAACUGCACUUCGACAGAGGCGCAAAGAAAAGAAAAAGUUUGGGAAGGAAGACAAGCGAAGGCGAAAAGGAUCUGGGGAUGGAGCUACUGAUGUAGAACAUGAAGAGAGAGAAGAUCAACCUGUCAAAAAGAAAUCAGAUGGGCCAGAUAAUAUCAUCAAAAGAAUAUUUAAUAUUUUGAAGUUCACCUGGGUCCUUUUCCUGGCAACACUAGAUAGUUUUACAGCUUGGCUCAAUUCCAUUUCAAGAGAGCACAUUGAUAUCUCUACUGUGCUGAAAAUUGAGAGAUGUAUGCUGACCAGGGAAAUUAAAAAGGGGAAUGUUCCAACUCGUGAGAGCAUCCAUAUGUAUUACCAGAACCAUAUGAUGAAGCUUUCUAAGGAAUCAGGACUGGACACAAUUGAUGAAAAUCCUGGUCAAGAUUCUAGUUUACAGGCAUCUGAGAGGAUGGAUAGUUUAGAUUCAGCUGCUUCUCAUGACAGUAUUUCCAGCUGCUACACUGAAGCAACCAUGCUGUUCUCAAGGCAGUCAACCCUUGAUGAUUUAGAUGGACCAGACACUGUUCCUAAAACAAGUGAGCGCGCUCGACCUAGGCUUCGUAAAAUGUACAGCAUGGAUAUGUCCUCCUCAUCAGCUGACAGUGGCAGUAUAGUGUCAAGUGAACCUACCCAGGUCACCCUGCUGUACUCUCGUCAGGGCACAACAGAAACCAUUGAAGAAGUAGAAGGGGAGCAUGAAGAAGAAGGGACAGGUUCUACAUCAAGACGAGAGGAUGAGGUGGAUGAUUAUGGCUUGGAUUCAGAAGGAGCUGCGUACACUCCUGAUACUGACGUGCCAUCAUACUCUGCUGCGGAUGGCAAUGCUGAAGUCCCACCUUCAUACAGCAAAGCUGUCAGCUUUGAUCAUCUUUCCUUCAGUUCCCAGGAUGACUCUGCUGGCAAGAACCUCAUGAUGGUGAGCCCAGACGACAGUCAAAUUGACAAGCUAAAUGAUACUAUCCUCCCUCCAUUGACACACGACCUGACUGCCAGUGAGCUGCUUCUAAACAAAAUGUUUCGUGAUGAAGAGCUGGAGGAAUCUGAGAAAUUCUACAGUGGUCAGCCUCGACUAUUGCUUCUCGUUUAUGCCCUGUAUAAUACACUGGUGGCCCGGUCAGAAAUGGUGUGUUAUUUUGUGAUUAUCCUUAAUCACAUGAUCUCUGCCUCCAUGAUUACUCUUGUGCUUCCCAUCCUUAUAUUCCUUUGGGCCAUGCUGUCUGUCCCCAGGCCUAGCAAACGCUUCUGGAUGACAGCCAUUGUCUACACUGAGGUGACCAUUGUUAUCAAGUACUUCUUCCAGUUUGGCUUCUUUCCCUGGAAUAAACAUGUGGAUUACACCAAAGAUAAACCUUUCCAUCCGCCCAAUAUUAUUGGUAUUGAAAAGAAAGAGGGUUAUGUGCACUAUGACCUUGUUCAGCUCCUUGCUUUGUUCUUCCAUCGAUCCAUUUUAAAGUGCCAUGGGUUAUGGGAUGAAGAUGAUGAAGGUGAAAGUUGCAGUAGUAAAGAGGAAUAUGGCGAUGAACUCUCACUGGCAGCAGACAGGAGAGAUUCUGCUGACUCUUUAAAGUCAGUGAACCUUGCGGCUUCUGUGGAGUCCAUACAUGUCCAUUUCCCAGAACAGCAGACUGCCAUCAGGAGAAAAAGUUCCAGCAGUGGGUCACAACUUUCACACAGAUCCAGUUUCUCCUCACAGAGGUCAAAGAGAGGGAGCACCAGUACACGAAACAGCAGUCAGAGAGGAAGCAGUGUUUUAAGCAUUAAGCAAAAAUCUAGAAAAGAGCUUCUUAUGGAAAAGUUUCGAGAGCAAAUGGUCAAAGCAAAGGCAUUUACAAUUAAAAAGACUCUUCAAAUAUAUGUGCCCAUCAGACAGUUUUUCUACAAUCUCAUUCACCCGGAAUACAGUGCUGUGACUGAUGUUUAUGUGCUGAUGUUCCUCGCAGAUACUGUGGACUUCAUCAUCAUUGUGUUUGGCUUUUGGGCUUUUGGGAAACAUUCUGCUGCAGCAGAUAUCACCUCUUCAUUAUCAGAAGACCAGGUACCAGAGGCAUUCCUGGUGAUGGUGCUCAUUCAGUUUGGGACCAUGGUGGUAGACCGAGCACUGUACCUCAGAAAGACUGUCAUGGGAAAAGUCAUCUUCCAGGUCAUUCUUGUUUUUGGGAUACACUUUUGGAUGUUCUUUAUCUUGCCUGGAGUAACUGAAAGGAAAUUUAGCCAAAACACAGUUGCCCAGCUCUGGUAUUUUGUGAAAUGUGUUUAUUUUGGGUUAUCGGCAUAUCAGAUUCGUUGUGGUUACCCAACCCGUGUUCUUGGCAACUUUCUCACCAAAAGUUACAACUAUGUAAACCUCUUCUUAUUUCAAGGAUUCCGUCUGGUUCCAUUUUUGACUGAGUUGAGAGCAGUAAUGGACUGGGUUUGGACUGAUACCACUCUGAGCCUUUCCAGCUGGAUCUGUGUUGAGGAUAUUUAUGCUCAUAUAUUUAUCUUGAAAUGUUGGCGAGAGUCUGAAAAGAGAUACCCCCAGCCAAGAGGCCAGAAGAAAAAGAAAGUUGUGAAGUAUGGAAUGGGUGGCAUGAUUGUUGUCUUGCUGAUUUGUAUUGUCUGGUUUCCUCUGCUCUUCAUGUCUUUAGUCAAAUCUGUUGCAGGCGUCACCAACAGGCCUCUUGAUGUAUCAAUCACAAUAACCCUCGGAGGUUAUCAGCCUAUUUUUACAAUGAGUGCUCAGCAGAACCAGCUCAAGGAUUUGAAUCAAACUGAGUAUGAUUUGUUUCAAAGAGAAUAUUCGGGUAAUACUGGUGCUUUGCAGUUUCUAGAAAGCUAUGGAAAAGAAGAUAUAACUGUAGCAGAACUAGAAGGGAAUUCAAAUUCAUUGUGGACUAUCAGCCCUCCCAGUAGAAAGAAAAUGAUUCAAGGUCUCCAGGAUUUUUCUGCUGAGUUCACUCUAGUUCUUUCAUGGAGUAUUCAAAGAAACCUCUCUCUUGGUGCAAAAGCAGAAAUAGCAUCGGAUAAGAUUUCCUGUAACCUACUGAACAAAACUAGAGAAAAUAUCGCUACAAUGAUGUCUGGGGAUGACACGGUAAAGAAGGUGAUGCUAGAAAUGAUGUUUCCAUACUACAUCAAGGCACCUAGUGAUUCUCUGGCAAAACCCAUAAAGCAGCUAUGGAAAGAGGGGAGGAUGGAAAACAUCACUGUUUCUCUUGUCAAAAAUGAGUCUAAAGAUGGGGUUCGUGAAUGGUGGGUUCUCAAUCAGCUUGGAAAAAGAUACAGACAGGAAGAAAGUCUUGAACUCUUUGUAUUCAGUGACAAAGUUAGCCCUCCUAGCCUUGGAUUCUUGGCUGGCUACGGUAUAAUGGGACUUUACGCCUCAGUUGUCCUGGUGAUAGGGAAGUUUGUCCGUGAGUUUUUCAGCGGGAUCUCUCACUCCAUCAUGUUUGAAGAACUACCAAACGUGGACCGUAUCUUGAAGUUGUGUACUGACAUUUUCUUAGUAAGAGAGACUGGAGAACUGGAACUAGAGGAAGACCUGUACGCCAAAUUAAUAUUCCUGUACCGCUCACCAGAGACGAUGAUCAAAUGGACUAGGGAAAAAACUAAUUGAUCUCUUUGGAGUCACACUGCAAAUCAAGUUGACUUCCUCUGAAUUUUAAAAAAGCACAAUAUUCUCAUAAGAGCUAAGCCUUUUAUAGUUAGGUAGCAAUGAUUUUUCACUGACUGAGUCCAGGAAGCUACUUCCUUAGGAAUCCAUGCUGCCUUUCAAAUUAAGGAUUAAUGGUGAAGAAGAUUCGUUUGAUUUUUUUUUUAAAUGCCCACUCCCCUAAAAUCAGGGGACCUUGCUUUGUAAUUUAAUCAACCAAAUGUUCUGCAUCCUUGACUGGGUAAGUUAAUCUUCCGGACAUUAAAUUUCUACCGUUAAAGAAAAAGGAAAGAAAGAAACGAUCCCUCAGAUGACUUCACUGGACCUUUUCUGGAGCGAUAGUUUGUGCAAUAUGCUGUUGUACGUCACUGACUUUCAAGAUACAGUAAUGGGAAUCUGGCUAGCCUUCAGGAUAACCAUGCCAAAAGGCCACAGUGCGAGCUGAAGAAAUGCUAGCCAUAUCCAUUUUUAGAAAAGCAGAGGUUUUGAUGUACGGAAGACUCUGUGGACAACUCUCUGCAAGCAAAAAGAAAACAAGUGACAAUCUCUUUAAUUACCUUAUUUUAUUUGUACUGUCCCAGGAGACAUUUCCAUGAAACAUCAAUGACUUUUCUCAGGAAAAAAAAACUUGGUUUUAGCACUUAGUUAAACCUUAAUGAAUUAUGGAGUAUUGGGAUGUUCUGCUGGGCUAUCUUCCCACAAUUACUGCUUUCCUUUAGACAGAGAAAAACCAACUGAAUGACUAAGGAGCUGUUUCACUUCUUAUAUCUCUUUGAAGACUGAAUAGUGUGUGCUACUCUGUGCUUCCCCAGUACAUGCUUUUCCCUCCAUUUUGACGAUUUAAGGCAAUGGUUUUGUUAUCUGAUAUUCUCCUUCCAGUGUUUCAGGUAUACAGAAAUGUUUACAUAUUCCAAUUGACAUUUUUACAUCCGAGACGGGUUUUUUAAGUUCCCAAAUAUAGAAGUACAUAUGAGCUUGAAAAAUGGCCUUUUCUUAAAUUACUCUUGUUGGUGACACAAACGGUUCAUUAGAGAACAUUGUAGCAUGAAAAUUUAUGAUUGCAAUGUAGGUUUAAUUCCAUGUUAAAAAAAUGCAAUUUCUGAAAAACAAACUCCUUGAGUGGGUGGGUAUGGUACAAGGUUAGACUGUGUAGUUUUGAUUCAGUAAUGACUUAAAAUAAAGCACAUGAUGCAAAGUCAUUUUAGAGGUAUUUUUUCUUCUUCCUCUUUACACUAAACGGGAAAUGUCUUUAUAUAGUUAAG